AUGAGCGAUACCGGUGUGACACGGCUAACUCUGUUCCAGCCCGGCCGAGAUCCUCUACGAAAGGACCUCUCGAUCUUGAUGACGACUCCAGUCUCGCAACUGGGAGAGGCCAGACCCAAAGAAUUUUCAUUCCUUCUUAGGCCAGAGAUCUACCACCCUCUGACGCCUCUCAACGUCCCUGUCGCAUUUCGUAACCCACAGAAGCAGCCCGAUCCUGAGGCUCCCAUUGAGGAGCUCCUUGCCAGCGGUCACUUCAGAGCAGCGGCUAUAGCUGCUGUUCAAGAGCUCACAGGCUCUGGAGCUAGUGGGGGAAUCAACCCCACGGAUUCCAAGAGGAUAUUUGAGCUUCUUUACACUCGACUGGCAUGUCUUACUCUGAUUGAUGCGACUCCCUUGGCUGCCCAGGAGGUCAAAGCCUUGGAAGAUCUCAACGACAUCAGGAGGUAUGUAGACGAAACCACCGGAGAGCACCUAGUACCUUGGGAGCUAAGAGUUCUCAAUGUACGUCUUCAGUCGCUUGGCUUCGGCGAUUAUCGCCGAGCCGUAAUGAGCUACCACGACCUGGCUCGCGAAGCUCGUGAUCGUAUCAGCAAGGCAGCAUCCCAGCACGAUAACUCCGCAAGGGAACUUUGGAAAGCUCGUCUUUACGAUCUCGGUAUCCAGGUCGCCGGAGCUCUGAUUGAGCUCGAGGACCUGACAGGUGCAGCGCAUCACCUCAGCACCCUACGGGACCGAGGUGAUGGCAAGAUGAUGCUCACCAAAGCACUUCUGUGGCUUCAUCUAGGAGACGUAGAAAGCGCAAGGUCCUGCGCUCGUCAAGCCAUGGAGAAUGACGAAAACGUCGAGAAACUCAUCCUGGCACUCUGCGACAUGGCCGACGCAGAGUACGAGACAGCCCUUGAAGCGUGGAAGGAACUGCAAGAAAGUCUAGACGACGAGAUGGUCGGCGUUAACACAGCCGUGUGUUUGUUGUAUCUUGGGCGGAUACAGGAGGGACGCGCAACAUUGGAGGGCCUUGUGGAAUCUGGCUUAUCAUCUCAUACGCUGUUAUUCAACCUAUCGACUAUGUACGAGCUGUGUACAGAGAGGCAUAAGAACCUGAAGUUGAAGCUUACGGAGAGGGUCGCUGGCCUGGAAGCUUCGACUGCAGGCUGGGAAAAGACAAACAGCGAUUUCAAGCUAUAG